AGGUGAUUUGUGGCGUCAAUGUCCCCAUCUGUCAAAACCAGUCUCUCUCCUUGUAGGCAAGUUGAUCGAUCGUUCAUCGUGCGUACAAAACAAUUGGAAGCCCAGAAUCACAGUAACCAUAAAAGUUACAACUGCUGUUGCUAUUGAACUAGAAAACUAGUCUCCUUUUGAUUCUAUCUCCAACAAAAAUGGCUUCUUUGCCAAGAACAACAGUAUCCCUUAUCACCACGUUCAUCUUCGUUUACAGUUUCAUCAGCCCUGUAGCCUUCUCCGUCCCUUUCGUAGUUCUGCACGGCAUUGGCGAUAAAUGCACUAAUCGAGGACUCACACAUUUCACUGAGUUUCUAAGCAAUUUGUCUGGUUCUGAAGGAUAUUGCAUAGAAAUUGGAGAUGGAUCAUGGGAUUCUUGGACCAUGCCCCUUCUCCAGCAGACUGAGAUUGCGUGUAAGCAGGUGAAGAAAAUCAGUGAAUUAAGUGACGGGUACAACAUAGUUGGACUUUCACAGGGUAACCUGAUUGGUCGUGGGUUAAUUGAAUUGUGUGAUGGAGGACCGCUGGUUAAGAAUUUCGUAUCACUGGGAGGUCCUCAUGCAGGCACUGCUUCAAUUCCAUUUUGUGGAUCUGGGUUUAUUUGCAUACUCGUGGACACAUUGAUAAAGUUAGAGAUCUAUAGCAGCUAUGUUCAGGAACACUUAGCUCCAAGUGGUUAUCUUAAAAUCCCAACAGAUAUUUCGAACUAUAUCGAAGGAUGCAAGUUUCUACCAAAGCUUAAUAAUGAAGUCAUUUCAGAGAGAAACUCCACUUAUAAGGAACGGCUUGUUGGCAUAGAGAAUUUAGUGCUUAUCAUGUUUGAGCAGGAUACAAUUUUAAUACCUAAGGAAACUGCCUGGUUUGGAUACUAUCCGGAUGGAGCCUUUACUCCUGUUUUACCUGUAAAAGAGACGAAACUCUACAAAGAGGAUUGGAUUGGUUUGAGAACCCUAGACGAAGCUGGGAAAGUUAAAUUUGUAAACGUCACAGGGAAUCAUCUCGAUAUCUCUAAUGACGAUAUGAAGAAGUAUGUUGUACCUUACUUGGUAGAUCAAGCACCAGCACCCUCAACCCAGUCGAUGCCAACGACAAAAUCUUCAUCCUACGUAUCACUUUCAUCUAUCUGGAGAUUUCUCGCCAAGCUCACCGAUCUCAUUGGGGAUCAACCUUGGUUGCAUGAUGUGUACUAACUUAAGUACCAAUAUUUCUGUGUGUUGAAAAAAAACAUAUUUUCGAUUCGUUGUGCCAUUAUGCGUGAUGGAUUUUCACAGGACGAAUAUACAAUGUGCGAGAACAAUUGGUUUCACAGCCAUUGUGUUAAUCUAUGAGUGUGUUCUGUUGGCUUA